UUUACAUUUAAAUAGUAUCGCUGUUUGAUGUAAAUAAAAACUGUGUUUUGUAAUCAAACUAACUUGGCGAGUUGCCAGCCGGGUUCCCGAAAUAGUCGACGUCUCGCAACUAUGAGUAGUUUACGUUAUUUCAUCCGGAGAGAUCGCCAAUCGCGUGAAAAGACUCCAUAAGUCCUCCGGCGCCAUGGACCGCCACCAUCCGCUGCACUCAAGCUUCCACGGCUCCAUGAGGAGCAGGGACUCCUCUUCCACGGCAGGCAGCGACCCCAGAGAGAAAAUCAAAGAUUGUUUCAGAAAAUUUAUAGCCUUUAUGUUUACCCAAGUGGGAGUCGGCGCUCUAGUCGUGUGCUACGCGAUACUGGGCGCAGUUAGCUUCAUGCACAUCGAGAAAGACAGCCCAGAUAAACAGCUGAAAGAAGUAAGGCAGUGGAGACAGAAUUGUGCUGAAAGAUUGUGGAAUAUUACUGUGUCAAUGAAUGUUUUCAAUGAGACAGCGUUUGUGCUGAAAGCUAAUGAGGUGCUGAAGGUGUUUCAGAGUAACAUAACUGCCGCCAUUCAUACAGGGUACAGUGGCAGAACCGCCGAAGAUAUCUGGUCAUUUCCUGCUGCAUUGAUGUAUUCUUUGUCAGUAUUCACUAUGAUAGGCUAUGGCAAUGUUGUGCCCAAGACUGUAUGGGGGAAGCUUGUUACUGUGGCAUAUGCCGGUUUUGGUAUACCAAUCUAUAUUCUUUACUUUUGUAACAUGGGCAAAGUUCUUGCACAGACCUUCAAGUGGCUGUAUAUCACAGCCCAUGAAUGCAGCCGCAGAGAUGAUGCCUUGUUUGAAGAUGGAGAGAUAGCGCCCAAGAGAAAAAUAACAGUACCAUCUACAGCUUGUUUAUGGGUCAUAUCUUUUUACAUACUGACUGGUACCAUAAUGUUUGGGGCAUGGGAGAAAUGGAACUACUUGGACUCGACAUACUUCUGUGUUAUUAGUUUGUGUAAAAUUGGUUUUGGGGACUUUGUUCCGGGAGCCAACAUUGCGGAUUCUGCUGGAGGAUCACACUUAAAAUUAGUGAUAAACUUCAUUUAUGUGCUACUGGGCAUGGGAUUGGUGGCCAUGUGCUACAACCUGAUGUGUGAGGAUGUCAGAGUCAAGGUCAGAGAAUUAAGAGAUGACCUGAAAAACUGCCUCGAUGAUAUCACAUUGAAAAUCACUGUUUGCAUGAAUGAUACCAAAUACUACCACCAUAAACAAACCAGAAACCUGAAAUGAUUGAAGUUGUAUUUUGUUUACAGUUUAUUGAUAUUAUUUUAAGUAAAGAACUGCA